AUGAAGAGGGACGGCAGUGAAAUUUACACUUUCGAUGAAGUUUUCGAUCAGCUCUGCACGAACGUCGAUAUUUAUGAUCGCGUCAUGAGGGGAAUUGUUGACUCGGCUUUAGCAGGAUUUAAUACAGCUGUAUGCGCUUACGGCCAGUCGGGAGCUGAACAUCGUCAACUCGGUGAAACUCUUCUGAAUGAGAGGAGUUCGCGAUCUCACACCAUAAUACGGUUGACCAUUGAGUCUCACGACGUAAAACUUGGCGGAAAUGCGACGAGGUGUUCGGUCAUGAACCUUGUUGAUCUAGCUGGAAGUGAGAACGCGGCGGCUGCCGGUACCCAAGGACUGCGCCAAAAGGAGGGUGCAAACAUAAACAAAUCUCUUCUUGCUCUCUCUAAGGUUGUUUCUAGUCUGGCAGAUAACCAGAAGUUCAUCCCUUAUCGCGAUUCGAAGCUCACGAGAAUCCUGAAGCCUUCGCUUGGUGGCAAUUCAAAAACCGUGAUAAUUUGCUGUGUCGCUCCGUUCUCCGUAUCAGAGACGAGCUCAACACUUAAGUUUGCUAAGUUGGCGAAGAAGAUCAUCACAAGGCCAGUAGUGAACGAAGUGAACGAUGAUGGCCUCCUGUCGAAAUACUUGCGAGAAAUUGAACUGCUCAAGCAAGAACUUGAGAAAACGAAAACGAAAAAGGAAAACGAUGAGGAAGAGAGAAUUCGAGAGCAGCGACUGAAGCUAGCUGAGCUGAUGAAAGGCAUUCUCAAUGGCCGAGGCACAACAGGAACGGCUUCUGCGCUGAGCAAAAAAAUACGCCGACAAACAUGGGCUCCCGGGAAUGGUCCCUUGCUGCCAAUUAGGGCGGGGUCUUUUUCACCUCCUCGCAAGAGAGAACGUGCUUUAGGUGCAAUUGAAGAGUGCGGCGGCCAGACAUCGGACGAAAAAAUUUGUAGCACUGGACUGGACGUUGAAGAGAAGCCCGAUGCUGGAGACGGCCUUGACAUCCCAAUGUUUGUUCAAAAUGAGCGGCGUUCAAUUUCUAAAGUAGAUGUCGACAUUCAAACUUUUGAACCAUACCCAAUAGAUCGUUCUGAUGAAGUGGCUACGCUCAAAAAAGGAAACGCAUCUCUAGCUGAACAGCUCUCUGCAAAAACUAGACUUUGUAAAGAGCUUGAGGAUCAAAAGGAAGAGCUUGUCAACGCAUUUGAAUCCUUAAAAAGUUCAUUAGGCCCUAUUCAGGAAGUGGGAAGUGUAGCUAUGAUUUUGGAGAACAAGUUGAAGAGUAUGGAACAGGAGAAUACAAGACUCAACGAAGAAAUGGCCAAGUUGCGAGAGAAUAACGCUUCUUUGCAGACGCACAUUACGGAGAACCAGACAAAUCCCUCGGACAGGAAACGAUUACUCCAUCGUAUUGAGGAGCAAUACGAGGAAUUGUGCAAGUUGAGAAGCGAAGUCGCGCAAACUAAGAGCGACUUAUCAUCUGCUGAGGAUGGAAUGGAACAGAUGCAAAAUUUCACGAAUGCUCUUCGUGGACAACUGGAAGAAGUUCGCCAGCAGUAUGAAAGCGCCGAAAAAAUGUGGGAGGAAGAAAAACAGACAUUACUCAAGAGGAUUGAACAGCAAUCAGCUCUUUCUAUGAAAGAUGCGGAUUCGUUGGCGUUGGAGCGAGUCAGCGAAGUGGAGUCAUUGAAGGAAGCGUUAGCUGCAUCCAUGGAGCAAGUAGAGGCGGCAACACGUUUGGCAGCUGACACACGCGGUUCAGUAGAGAGGGAACUCCAGCAACGGUAUUCCGAAGCAUUGAAGGCGAGUGAGGAAGAAUUACAGCAGCUCAGGAAAGACAACGCCAACCUGUCCGCACGGAUCGAUUUCCUGUUGAGAAGUUCCGGCUGUGUCAGUGAAGAAGAAGCUGUGUCGCUGAGGGAAGAAAUCACAGAGUUGAAGGACGUCAUUGAACGAAAAAACAAAGCUUUGGAGGUCGCGAGAAUGCAGCAGGAUGAGUUGGAAACGUGUAGCGGAACGAUGGAACGCUUGUCAAGAGAAAAGAAGGACCUUGCGAUGCGGCUCAAAUUGAAAACUGAGAAUGUGGAGAUGUUGUCGUCAAGGGUAAAUUCAUUGAGAGAUGAGAUCAACGAGAAGCAAGCUGAGAUUGCGAAAGCAAAAAAUGCAACGAAGUCGGCUGAAUUGAAUCUCGGAAAGGUUGUAGAAGAAAAUAAUCGAUUACUCGACGAUAUCCGCACUCUACGAGACGAAUACACGGCUUUCCGGGCUAAUGUCGAUUCUUUGAUGGCUGAAAAAAGACCCAGGAUUCCAAUUAAAUUCUAUUAUUUCAGGAGCGGUCAACUGAGUGACCAAUUGAACCUUGCUUUAAGUGAGCUGACAUCCAUGAAGAAAGCGAAAGAGCAAGCUGAGGACCGUGCAAACACCAAAGAAAGGAUGCUGAAAAAGGCAAUGGAUACUAUAGCUAAAUUAGAGAAUGAUUCUCAGGCCACGGAAUGGCCAAAAGAAAAGGCAAGGAUGGCUAAUCAAAUUGAAGAUCUUCAAAGACAGCUGCGUGACGUCACCGAAGCUUUUGAACAGCGACGAGCCUCAAUAUCGGAAGGACGGUAUCUUGAGGAGCGAAAGAGAAUGGCUGAUGAGAUUGUAGCACUACGUGAACAGCUGGCGAAUGCCAACGCCCCUAGAGUAGCAAGUUCCGAUAAGCUGCCAGAGAUCGCCAAAUUGAAGCAGGAUCUCCAGG